GAGCAGUUUAUUGACAUCAUUUGGAUGUUCUAUAAAAAAAAUAAUAUGGACGCACUCGCGACGGGGUUUUAAAAUUUUUGUUUUUCGCGCCAAAUAUCAGUAAAAUUUUAUAGACGCAUGUGAUGAUGAAACAUAUCGAAUCAUUAUUGCAUUUCGUAUUUGAAUCUGAUAUAAUCCCAGAAUGGUAUCAAUUAUUUGCGUUCACGACGAUCGAGCAUACAAAUGCUGCUGUCAUUUUAUUAGAAUAUAUACGCGCUCUAGAAUGCAACGGGCACAGAAUAGUGUGUGCUUCGGUCAUCGGUGACAAUCUGACAGUUCAAGGAGCAAAACAACAGUAUUGAAACUUCGAUCGGUGAGACGAGAUAGCGACUUUUCAAUGAUAUUCUGCAACACAGAUAAGUGCAGCUAACAAAAUGGAUCAAUUAUACAAAGAUCUGGUGAAAGAAUGCAAAUUCAUAGCACCAGGAGCUCGACUAUCAUUUUCAAUUCGCAAUCGGUUGGAAAAAUACAAAAAAGCUGUGCGCAAAGAUAUAGUAAGUCGUUUGAAAGACGACUGUGCUCCACUUUUUUUAGCAGCAAAAAGAGGAAAUGUUGAAAUAGUUGAAUAUUUAAUAACGACCUGUGAUGCGGAUGUAGAACAAAGAGGAAUCUAUGAAAUGCCUGAAGAUAGAUCCAUUCAUUGUGUUACACCUCUGUGGUGUGCAGCAGUUUCAGGACAACUGCGCGUCGUCAAAUGUCUCGUCCGUCAUGGCGCUGAUAUCAAUGCUGUCUCGGAUUCAGGAUCGACCCCUGUCAGAUCUGUCUGCUACAUGACGCGCCUUGAAAUCGUGGAAUAUCUCGUUGAACAUGGAGCAGACAUUCUUAAACCCAACUACAACGGCGGAUCCUGUUUAAUAAAUUCUGUUCAAAGCGUAGAACUCUGUACAUUUCUUAUAAAGCACGGAGCUGACGUUAACGCUAGUGAUGCUCAAAAUAACGCACCUCUUUAUUAUGCUAUUCAAGAACACAGAUUUGAAACUAUGAAACUUUUGCUUGAUCACAACGCUGAUCCUUAUGCAAAAUCGUCGCACGGUGAAGAUGCUCUACAAACAGCUUGUCUCAAAGGAGCAACACAAAUUUUCGAUUAUUUAGUGGAAAAUGUAUCUUACUCGCAAGAGAAAUUAGCCGAUGCAAACGAGCUUAUGGGCUCGACGUUUUUCGACGAGCACUACGACACCCAAAAAGCUUUGGAAUAUUGGCGAAAAGGAAUGGAAAUUCGAUACGCAAAUACUGUCAACGGUAAUCCAUUACCAAAGAGGCCAGUAAUGCCAAAACGCGAUACUUUUCGUUACGCUACGGAAUUUUCAACGUUUGCGGAGCUCAACGCAAUUGCUCACGAUUUAGACGCCAUUCGUAUUCAAAGUCUUCUCAUUUGCGAGAGAGUAUUGGGCGAAGACCAUAAAGACACGGUUUUCAGGCUCAUGUACCGUGGAGCCGCUUAUGCUGACGCUUUAAGGUAUCAGUACUGCAUCGAUCUUUGGAGACAAGCCCUGGAAACUCGCGUUCUCAAACAUUCGAUUCUUUGCACCGACACUUGUUUCACCGCUCAAGCCUUAGUGCGGAUAAUGGUCAAUUUGAAUGAACAAAUGCUGCAAGUAGCGGAUCGCAAUCGUGACAAAGAGGAGCCUCGAUUCUCAGACGUUGUCGCAGUCUUUAAAUUACUUACGAGCCGAUUGGGAGCGGCGCGAAAAUUACUUGAAAUGCGUCCAGUACACAAACGACAACGUGACAGUUACAACAAAAUAUUAAAGUGCGUAACUCACCUUAUAUAUUUAUUGGUGAAAACGGCGAGAACGAGCGAGACACAGGCCGAAGCGCGACAAUUGGUUCAUGAUUUGGUAAAGCAAAAUCCCAGAUCGGCUUCAACGGAGGACACGCUAUUGCAUCUUUGCGUUUCGAGAUUGAAUACCAUUAAUUCGAGCUAUUUCACUGCCGCCGAUGUGCAGACUAUUUUUCCGGAUCUCGACGUCGUAAAAAUGCUACUCGUGUGUGGAGCUUUCGUGAAUGCCAGGAACGAGUUCCGGUCCACGCCUCUUCACGUCGCGAGCAAUGCUUACAAUUUCAUUAAUCCGUUGAUAAAACUGCUGCUGGAUCACGGUGCUCAUCUGGACACGCCGAACAAAGCGGGCGACAGUCCGGCGACUCUCAUUUCUCAAAAUCCUCACAACACUGUAAAUCUUGUGAAUUACAUGUCACUGCAGUGUCACGCCGCUCAAGUAAUAUUCAAGUAUGGAAUUUCGUGUGACCAGUUGCCAGUUGCACUCCACCACUUUUUACAAUUUCAUCGUGACUAAAAUUAAACUACAAAAAAUUUUCAUACUAUGAAUUUUAAUUAUCGAGAUUAAUUCUCACGUUGAAAUGCAGUGCGAUUCGUAAGAGCUGCGUCUGAAGAGUGUUUCGAUAAUAAAGAAUUUUUAACACAUUGUUAUCAUUCGAUCGACGGUCAUUCAUCAUUUUUCAUUCCUUUGUUCGGGAUUACCAUUGAAACAAUCUUGGUCCAUAUAUCAAUCGCACCAAGUCUGAAAAUUUUUUGCUACUGGAUGCGACCAGUGACUCCAUUAAAUGAAGACUUCGAUGAAUGAAAUCCAUGGAAAAGAGAAAACUGUAUUCAUCAUUAUAUUCCAUAACGUUCUAAAUAACUAACACCAAUUUGAGUAGACAAUCGAGUUUUAGAAACGAAAUAUUUUACAGCUACUUGAACAUAUUAUCGUACGGAAAUGUCCGAGUUAAUACUUUAUUAAUGAAUCAUUGUAAUAUAGUGAAAUUGUGAGUAGCUAAUACGAGACUGCCUACGGUGAAAUAUUGUUGCCGAAUUUCAGAUUUUCGUCCUUCCAAGCAAAAUCGCUGGGAGGUAACGAGAAUAAAUACGAUUUUUGUUUCUAGUUGACAAAUUUUGUCGUCACUUAAAAUCAAGCAAUACUAAUGUAUUUCAAUAAUCUCGGCCAAUUUAGACCAAAUUUCAUCGUCGCAAACCGUCCGUAAGAUAUUCAAUGAAUUGUUAUAGCACGAAAAUCCGGGAGCAGCCCAGUUGUGAUACUAUACGUACUAUUUCGUAAUAUCAUAAUCUUAAGUUUUGUUGAAUUUAUGAUCGAAGCGUUUUUGUGUAUCGAAUAAUGAUGAAAGGUGAAAAAUC